UAACUCAUUGCUUAAGCUGUUGAAAAGUAUAAAAUGUAUUUAUUUUAUUUAAAUAGUCGACAUAUGAGGAGCUAAAAAUGUCUGGUGGAAAAGGAGGGGGAAGUGCUGGUGGAGGAGGCGGAGGGGGAGGAGGAGGUGGUGGUGCAAGUGGUGGGCGUGGCGGUGAUGGCGGAGGAUGAGAACAAAAAAGAUAAUGAAAGUAAGAAAAAUCCAAGAGAUGGUCAGGAUGGAGGAUCUGGACGUGGUGGCGAUGGAGGUGGUAAACAAGGAGGACGAGGAGGAGGCAAGAAAUCAGAAAACGACGAUGGCAAAGAAAACCAAAUUAAAAAAUAGAAAGGGCACAAGAGUAAUCAUUUAUUUGAAAGGUUCUAUUUGACACCUAAAAUAUAAUACUCAAAUUCUAA